ACUGCGUCUAGGGCUGGUGACAGAGCUGGCGGUGUCCCUCGUGUGCCCGCCUGCGAGGGACUGUGGAGACUGGAACUGGGCAGGAGGGACUGAGGAAUAGGGGUAGACUUGGCAGAGCGGCUCUCACCGAAUCCCUGCUGUCUCCGGACAGCUGAGGGGCGCAGGGCACCUGGGUCGUAGGUGUGGCUGCGGCCGCGACUCCUGGUGGUGUGAGCCCACCGCGGGUGUGGAUCCGCGUGGGAACUAGGUCCCAGAGCCAGGUCUUGAGGAGAAGGGCGGCGGAGCGGAGCCAGUAGGAGGCCGGGCUUCUGAGGGGUCUGAGAGUGUGUCCCGGGGCGGGAGAAGAGCACGGCCCCGGGCAGCAGCGCUGUGCGCGCGGGCGGCUUUCCAGGUUUGACAGCCCUGCUCUGGGCCCUACAGGUCUUCUGGGUCUCACCGUGCUGAUUGGGAAUGCCCCGCGCCAGCCAGGCGGCCCUAGCCUGCUCCCCGCUCCCUGAGCCCUCGGGAGGACCGCAGGGCUGUGGCCGAAAGACUGUGAUUUGGACCUAGUGAAAGGACGCCGCCCCUUUGCCCUAACUAUGGACUCCACAGCAUCAGCUCUCCCUUCUCAGGACCCUGCUCCUCCUCCAGAGAGAUUGCCAGGAGAAAAGGGAACAACCAGUUUAUUCCUGAAAGCCAGGCCCCAGGACCUGAUGACAUUCGAGGAUGUGACUGUGGAAUUUACCCAGUGGGAGUGGGGGCAGCUGGACCCUGCUCAGAAGGAUUUGUACAGGGAGGUGAUGCUGGAGAACUUCAGGAACCUGGCCUCCCUGGGUCUUCCAGUGUCCAAACCACAUGUGAUCUGCCAGUUGGAGGAAGGGGAAGAGCCCUGUGUGUUGGAGAGAAAAAUCUCAGUAGGUGCCCAGUCAGACUUAAAGAGGAGGCCUAAAGCCAAGGAAUCAGUUCCAAAUCAGGGAAUUUCAAAAGAAGAAUUCUUCCAGGUGGCAUCAGUGGAAAAACACACUCAAGAUGAGCUCUGGUCCUCCAAACUGAAAGCAACGUGUGGUUAUGAUGACCAGUUAGAGAUGCAGCAGAUAAAACAGGAAAGACCUCUGAAAAAAAUGUCAAUCACUCACAAAUCUUCUACCAAUCUUAGGAGAGAUGAAUGGAGUGAAUUUCGGAGAAGUUUAGGCUUAAGAUCCAUCUUUGUUAAGCAACAAAGUGUUCCCAUGGGAGAAGGAUCCUAUAAGUGUGAUACAGAAUUCAUGCAGACUUCAGGGGGUAAUAACUCUCAGAGAACCCAUCCAGAGAAGAAAUCUUGUAAAUGUAAUGAAUGUGGGAAGUCCUUCCAUUUCCAAUCAGAACUUCGGCGCCAUCAGCGAUGUCACACUGGAGAAAAGCCCUAUGAAUGCAGUGAAUGUGGAAGAGCUUUUGGUCAUAUUUCAUCCCUUAUUAAACAUCAGAGAACUCAUACUGGAGAAAAGCCCUAUGAAUGCAGUGAAUGUGGGAGAGCCUUCAGUCAGAGUUCAUCUCUUGUUCUACAUUAUAGAUUUCACACUGGAGAGAAACCCUACAAAUGUAAUGAAUGUGGACGAGCCUUUGGUCAUACUUCAUCCCUUAUUAAACAUCAGAGGACUCAUACUGGAGAAAAGCCCUAUGAAUGCAAGGAAUGUGGGAGAACCUUUAGCCAGAGCUCUUCUCUCAUUGUGCAUUAUAGAUUUCAUACUGGAGAGAAACCUUACAAAUGUAAUAAAUGUGGAAGAGCCUUCAGCCAGAGUUCAUCUCUCACCCAACAUUAUAGAUUUCAUACUGGAGAGAAACCCUAUAAAUGUAAUGAAUGUGGAAGGGCCUUUGCUCACACUGCAUCCCUUAUUAAGCAUCAGAAAAGUCAUGCUGGAAAAAAACCCCUAUGAAUUCAGUGAAUAUAGAAGGGCUUUCAGCUGGAGUACAUACAUUACCAAACCUGAGAUAAUUAAUAUUGGAGAGAGAUGCUAAACGUGUAAUGUAUGUGGGAAGACCUUUGGUCAGAGGGUACAUCUUGUUCCACAUCAGACAGUACAUACUAGAGAGAAGCCCUAUCGAUUUCAAGAGAGAAGGUGGGAUUGCAGCCACACCCCCUCUCUCACUGAACACUGGAAAAUCCAUACUAAUGAGAAACCAUGUGAAUGUAAUGAAUGUGAAAAGGCUUCAGCCAGAGGAUGCAUGUCAUUCAACAUCAGACAAUUUAUACUGGGGAGAUUUAUCAAUGUACUGAGUAUGGCAAGCCUUCAGUCACAUACUGUACCUUUAAAAAAUCAGAUAGCUCAUACUGGAGAGAAAUUCUGCAAGUGUGGUAAGUCAAGAACACAUACUAGAGAGAAGCUCUAUGAAAACAGGAAAUGGGGGAAGGUUUUCAGUCAGAGCUCAUCCCUUAUUAAGCUUCAGAAAAACCCUAUAAAGUGGUGAAUGUGAGAAUACCUUCAGGCAAAUCUCAUUGCUCUAUAAAUCUCAGAGAACUCUCCCUACUAGUUAGAAAACUGGUAUGUGAUGCAUGUGGGAAAGCCUUUGUGGAUAUUUCACCCUUUUGCACACCAGAGAAUUUGUGCUACAGCAGCUCUUUGAAUUUAGUGAAACUCAGAAAACCCACUAGUAUAGUCAGGCCUCAGCAUACAAUUAAGUCUUAACCUCCAAGAGAAACUCUGUGGGCUUAAUGAGGCUUAGUGAGGAAACUUCCUUUCAGACUUGAGAUUCAUAAAACUAGAGCUGAUAGGAAGCUGAGAAAUUGCCUCAUCUGGUGGUUUUCUACCUGGUGGGAGGCAUUUAUAUAACUGCACUUUGUAUUACUGUGCACUGACUCCCAUCCUGUUACUGAUAAGACACAGUAUUACUGCCUGGGUGAGGAGGAUGGAGGCUGAGAAAGAUAGAGAGCCACCAGUGAUCUAGCCCAGCCAUAUUUUAGAGCUAAGGAAACCAAUGUUCAGAAAGUGCCAUGUCCUUGCCUAUAGAUCCUUUGGUUCACAUUUAUAGUUUGAGGAUUGAGACACUGAAGGCCUUCCCUGUACAAUACCCCCAUGUGCUUGUUUCUCUGUAACACAUGUUACUUUUCUCUGUGAGGCAAUGGGAGUAGUCUAUGUUUGAACAAAAAGCAAUUUUCUGUAUGUAUUUAUGAUGCUGGAUUUGGAAAUGUUUAAAAAUAUUUUUUGUAGAGAUGAGGUCUUGCUAUG